GUAUUAGUAUGUAAUUUAUUAAUAUGUAGUUUUUAUAUUUUUUACAAAUACAAAAUUAGAGAUAUAAAGGCUCAAAGUAGUGCAUCGGCAUGCGUGAAAAGUGUAAGUGUAACAAUUAAAAAGAAACGGAGGUAGUACUGUGUAAUUUUUUGAAGGGAGAAUUAUAUGUGAGAGGGAAAAAAUAACUUAAUGGAGGGAAAUAAAAUCUGGAAAAAGAUAAAUCAAUUUUUAAUUAACUAUAUUUUUUUUCCUCUCACUUCCUUUCCUUUCCUAUUAAAUCCCUUGUUAUUUUUUUUUUUACCAAACAUAGCUAAGUCUUUUUUUUUCUUUCGAGUUCUUUUCUCUUCCAUCCCCUUCCUCUCUACCAAAUAAUAAAGAAUAAUAUUAGAAUAAUAUUUUCUCGUUAGAUUCCUAAUUAUGGUAGGACUAGGAUGGUAAACACUAUAUAUAUGAUCAAACAAUCUCUCCCGAUCAAAUCAAAUAGUUUUACAUCUAACACCAAACACACUGGUAGAAUGACGGAAACGAUCACAAGAAGAGCUGUGCAGCAACACAGAGGUUCGUUGAGUUGGAAUCGUCGAGCUUCCACUAGCAAGGUCGUCUGUAAGUUUUGGUUGGCUGGGAACUGCACAAAGAACCCAUGUCGCUUUGCGCACACGGAUGUUACUGCACCUGUCAAUCGUGUUUUGCGCUUGAAUCGUUCGAGUUUUAGGGAGUCCCAUGAUCAGAAAAAAGAGAGUGAAGAAUGCAAGAUUAAGAAGAAUGAGGUUAAAGAAUGUGAUCAUCAUGAAGAAAGUGCCUCUGCUGAUGCUACAACAGGAGAUGUCGAGAAGUCUCAGUACUGUACUAAGAUAUGUGAGCAUUGGAUGAAGAAUAGUUGUGUUCAUGGUAAAGACUGCAAAUUUCUGCAUUCUUGGUGUUAUGGCGAUGGAAUUACCAUGGUGGCUCAACUUCAGGGACACAAGAAGGCUGUCACUGGAAUCACUCUGCCAGAAAACUCUGAUAAGCUUUUCAGCGGUAGUAAAGAUGGGACUGUUAGAGUUUGGAACUGUCAUACGGGUGAGUGCAUUGGUGUAGCUGAUGUGGGUUCACCAGUUGAAAGUCUGAUAAGUGAAGGACCAUGGGUGCUUGCAGGAUUAGUAAAUUCUGUCAAGGUAUGGAACAUUCAGUCAAAUGCCGAAUUCACUCUUAGUACAUCAGCGGGACAAGUGUAUACCAUGGUUGCGGCUAAUGGAAUGCUGUUUGCUGGAGCUCAGGAUGGUUCAAUAUUGGUGUGGAAAUUCAAUGCUGAAGCUUCCUCUUUUGACUCUAUCUCACCGCUGAAGGGUCAUAGUGGUGCUGUGGUCUCGUUGAUUUAUGGGGCUAAUAGGCUUUAUUCUGGUUCAAUGGAUAACACGAUAAGAGUGUGGGACUUGGAGACCAUGCAAUGCAUCCACACUCUUGCCAAGCAUUCUGAAGUUGUGAUGUCCGUGCUCUGUUGGGAGCGAUAUCUGAUAUCAUCUUCUUUGGAUCGGACAUUAAAGGUUUGGGCUGCCACUGAAGCAGGAGAACUCGAGGUGACUUAUGAACACAAUGAGGAGCAUGGUAUUCUUUCUCUUCGUGGUAUGCAUGAUGCAGCAAAUAAACCAAUAAUGUUGUGCUCAAGCAACGACAACACUGUGCGUCUGUAUGAACUGCCAUCCUUUGUUGAGAGAGGCAGGAUUUUUUCUAAGCAAGAAGUGCGAGGAAUUCACGUUGGUCCUGCAGGGCUUUUUUUCACCGGUGAUGGGACUGGUCUGGUGUCGGUGUGGCGAUGCUCAAGUGAUUCAACUGCAUCAUCGGACAAAGCUGCUUAAAACUGAGUAGCUCAGUUUGAUUAUUCAACAAUCCACUUCAGGAAAUAGAGAUUGAUUGUUUGCUUCCCCAUUGUAAAUGUAAAUACAUUGAUACAAUUCACAUGUACAUAAUCAGUUAGUUGGUGUGGUUUACUUGCUUGUGGGUAUAGGUUCCUUUGGAACUUAUAAAAAGCGUCUCCUUUGGAGACCACCUGCCUGUUGAGUACGGCUUUUUCCUACCUCAAAGAGGAGGUUUUUGCCAGCAAAAACCUAUCCAACAUUAAUUUAUACUUUAUCUUACCAUUGUAAUAGAAAAUAUAUCAUUGUAAUAGAAAAUAUAUCAUUGUAAUAUAUAUUGGAAGAUCCGUUAGUAUACUGUGGUUUUUUUUUAGACAUGUAAAUUUACAGUACACUUCUUAUUUUUGUGUCCAUUCCAGCAUGCGCUUUGCUUUUUUUUUUUUUUGGGUGUUAGCCAAGAGUAUCCUCCACCAAUAGUAGGAGCAAUCUCCCUCGGGAUACUGAAAUCAACUUAAUGGGUAGCAUGUCUUUUGCUCUGUUCUUAAUUUUUGUUGAACGGUUUGGAUGGACGUAGCCUGAGUGCCCUCAUCUCACUUACACAUUUUGUUUCUGAACAUAUAAUAAGAUUGAAAAAUCAGCAGCAAUAUUAGUGAAUCAUUUUCUAUUAAGUAAUGCUUUGUCUUCUAAGUUACUUAGAUUCUUAAUUUUACCUUGAGCACACAUGUUAGAUUUUGGACACUUAUCUCAUGAGUUCCCAAGUUCGAGUAACAUAGACGCCUCUUUACUCACACAAAAAAAUAUUUCUCUAUGAAACACUGAAAUUGUGUAUUUACCAUUAAAUAUAUCGAAUCUUCGAGAAAUUGUUGAAUUUCACUUGUGUUUAGUUACGUACAACUUUCCAAC